AUUGGAUUGGUCGGUUGCGAGGCCUCUACAGUCAGUAGGGAGUGUUUUGGUGUAUCGGACCACCGAAGUUAGUUCUUCUGUGAGGGGUUGUUAAUUAAAAUAUUCGCUGGUCAGUUAAUCUGCAGUCACACAACACUGCGAGCGAAAGCCGACUGAACGUUUUGACGGUGUGUACACUUCAUUAUACAGAAGAGGGGAUUUCUUCUGUUAGCUUACUGGUUAGCUGGCUAGACAUUGUAAGUAAAGCUCGGAAACCGAGAGCUUGUGAUGCCUACAUUGCGGGACAGCACUAUGUCCCACCCCGGCGAGAAUCCCCAUCAAGUCCGGGUAAAAGCCUACUACAAAGGAGACAUCAUGAUCACCCACUUCGAGCCGUCCAUCUCCUACGAGGGGCUGCACACCGAGGUCCGGGACAUGUGCUGCAUGGACAACGACCAGCUCUUCACCAUGAAGUGGAUCGACGAGGAAGGGGACCCCUGCACCGUGUCCUCCCAGCUGGAGCUGGAGGAGGCGCUGCGUCUCUACGACCUCAACAAAGACUCGGAGCUCAUCAUCCACGUGUUCCCCUGCAUCCCCGAAAAGCCCGGCAUGCCCUGCCCCGGAGAGGACAAGUCCAUAUACCGGAGGGGCGCUCGGCGAUGGAGGAAGCUUUACUACGCCAACGGACACGCCUUCCAGGCCAAGAGAUUCAACAGGCGAGCGCACUGCGCCAUCUGCACGGACAGGAUAUGGGGCCUGGGGAGGCAGGGCUACAAGUGCAUCAACUGCAAGCUGCUGGUGCACAAGAAGUGCCACAAGCUGGUGACGGUGGAGUGCGGCCGGAACAUACAGGAACCAGUCAUGGGUCCGAUGGGUCAACCGUCCACUCCGACUGAUCACCUAGAGCCAGUCAUUCCGUACAAAUCGUCCAGUGAGAGCCUGAAUAACGAUGGAGAGGAGAAGGAGGCCAUGGGCGGCCGGGAGAGCGGGAAGGCGGCGUCCAGCCUGGGCCUGGUGGACUUCGACCUGCUGCGGGUGAUCGGGCGGGGCAGCUACGCCAAGGUCCUGCUGGUGCGGCUCAAGAAGACGGACCGCAUCUACGCCAUGAAGGUGGUGAAGAAGGAGCUGGUGAACGACGACGAGGAUAUCGACUGGGUGCAGACGGAGAAGCACGUGUUCGAGCAGGCCUCCAACCACCCUUUCCUGGUGGGGCUGCACUCCUGCUUCCAGACCGAGAGCCGACUCUUCUUUGUGAUUGAGUACGUGAAUGGCGGUGACCUGAUGUUCCACAUGCAGAGACAGAGGAAACUUCCGGAAGAGCACGCCAGGUUUUACUCUGCUGAGAUCAGCCUGGCCCUGAACUACCUUCACGAGCGCGGCAUCAUAUACAGAGACCUGAAGCUGGACAACGUCCUGCUGGAGUCCGAAGGGCACAUCAAGCUCACCGACUACGGCAUGUGCAAGGAGGGCCUGCGGCCUGGAGACACCACCAGCACCUUCUGCGGGACGCCCAAUUACAUCGCCCCUGAGAUUCUGAGAGGAGAGGACUACGGCUUCAGUGUGGACUGGUGGGCGCUGGGCGUGCUCAUGUUCGAGAUGAUGGCGGGCCGGUCGCCGUUCGACAUCGUGGGGAGCUCCGACAACCCUGACCAGAACACAGAGGACUACCUCUUCCAAGUAAUAUUGGAGAAGCAGAUCCGAAUCCCCAGGUCCCUGUCGGUGAAAGCCGCCAGCGUACUGAAGGGCUUCUUAAACAAGGACCCCAAGGAGCGGCUGGGCUGCCACCCGCAGACGGGCUUCGCUGACAUCAUGGGUCACCCCUUCUUCCGAAACGUGGACUGGGACCUGAUGGAACAGAAACAAGUGGUUCCGCCCUUCAAGCCCAACAUCUCCGGGGAGUUCGGCUUGGACAACUUCGACGCCCAGUUUACCAACGAGCCCAUCCAGCUCACGCCGGACGAUGACGAUGUUGUCAGGAAGAUCGACCAGUCGGAAUUCGAAGGCUUCGAGUACAUCAAUCCGCUCCUGAUGUCCGCGGAGGAGUGCGUGUGAACGCCGACCUUCGCGGUUGCCUUUCCUACAGCUCUGCUCGGUCCAGGAUCCUACUCUUUGGGAGCUUCCGGUUGCCAAGCCGUUUGACGUCAGCCUUCACUUGCCAAACCGAUCUUACUCUCUGCCGUUAAGAACCACUAGUCCUUAAGCAUACCCUUUUUAUUCUGUAUCGCGUAAACCCACGCAAGGCGUCCAGUCGCUGAUGAUGAAAUGCACCUCCUGAAUGAUGACCCGCGAGGGUCCACUGAGGUCAUUCCCAAGGUCAAAGGUCACAGGGGCAGUGAGUAUUUACAGUGUACGGAAGGAGAUUCCAUCCACUUUCCCAACACAUGGGUGUUCGAUACUUAUUUUAUUUGUACGCAUCAAACUUUUUGAGCUUAUGUCAUUGGUGGAGAGCUCAGAGUUCUGUAGGACGUGGUCUUUUUUUAACUUUAAGCCAAACUCGCAAGGGACAAAUCUGGAGCAGAGUCUAUGAAUCUUCCAAACUACCUUCUACCAGCACCGAGCCCAUAGAAAGGAGGGGAACUAGCCUUUUUUAAAUUAGGUAUUUUCUUUUUUUUUAUUUAAUGAUGUAAUGGUCUAUAUACAAUGUACGCAGGUGUUACGUUGAGUCUGGAACCUCAGUGGAACCAGAGCGGCUCACAGUGUAGUAUCUACGGUACCUGGGCCAGUCUUCAGAAUGGAGCCGGCUGCUCUUUUAAAGCCAGCCUGCUCUGACGAAGCAAACGAACACUAAUGUUAAACGCUGACAAACUGUGAACAGCCAGAACGGCUUUAUGUCCGAUGGUUACGGUGGAAAUGUAGCUGCGCGGUACAGACGCUUUCACACAGGACCAAAAAAAAUGACUAUUAAAAUACGAGAAAAUUAUAAUAAUGCUCUCGGCAGUACUCUCCGAUGCGCAGCUUGCGUAGGAAGCAGUACUGGCCCAAGAGGACACGGUCUGUCAUAGUUCAUUUAUAGAGGUUUUUUUUUGUUUUGUUUUUCAUGUUUAUAACGAUACAUUGCCUUUCCUAAUGCUGUCUUUAUAUUCUUUAUUCACUGUUUGUUUUAUUUAUGUAUGGUUACCUGGCAUUAUCGUGGUUACUGGAAAUUUCCGGAUGUUAUCUUGUCUGCCUUCUGUGCAUCCUCAAGUCUUGAGUCUGAGUAGUUAUUUUUAAGAGCUGAAAACAAAAAAAACGGCAGAGAUGUCGCUCCUGGUGUGUACAGGCUACGCUCUGCUAGGCUACGCUAGGCUAGGACAGGCCAGGGGCAUCAGGGCUUCUCUCUCGGGACAGUUUGUCUCGUCCUGCUCCCUUGGCUGUGUUUCACAAGAGCACUGUGGAAACCUGAGACUCCGUGUGAGUGUGGGCAGACGCUCUUAGCACCUCUGAUACUGUCCAAACACACAUACGCACUCACACACACACACACACACACACACACACACACACAGAACAAGCACAAGCACGUAUGUGCUCAGACAACCACAAGGACUGCUGGACCUAACCGUGCAUUAAAAGGACUGUGUUCUAUGGGGAUCUAACAAUCAAUAAUCAAUACCCAUUAAAAAUUUGAUAAAUUUGA